GAGGUUAUUUUGAUUCGCGUUGUUUACAGUAGCCAUGGUCAGGGUAGUAUAGACGUUUUUGCAAUGUAUCCUGUUUUGAAAUUUGUUGUAACAUGUUAAGAAUCGUCCAAUAAUAUUUUCUCAAAAAUAUUUGAAAUUGGCGUUGUUUAAUGUUUAGCCGAUUUCGCUUUUCGCAAGUGAAUGAUUUUACGUUAGUUUAAACUUUUCUUAGAAAAUGAUUAUUUCCUUCCACUUGGUUGUGUAUUUUGCUUAUAGAUUCUGGGAUAAUUAUAUCUCUGUUCUAUUUAACAACGACGAUAAUGAUUCAAAUACAAACCAAAAUCCCGGCAUCACAAGCAGUAGUUCUCCCUUGAACUCUGGAAGAAUUGAAACAGAUCCUGUUACUGUAUCAAGUACAAAUAAAUCUAACCAAAACACUGCAGAUCAAAAUGAAACGUCUGGAAACGAUCCAGACCGGGCUCGACAAGCUAGAGAAGGUGAUGGUGAUUUACAAGUAACAAAAGAAGAUAUUUUAAUUGAAGUUGAAGAUGAGAGUUGCAGCACUUUAAAUUCAGAACCAUCAUUUGUAUGCAAACAAUCAGAAGAGGGUGGAAUGACAUUCAUUCCACCUGUGUACACUCAACGAUACAUGGUAGUUGAAAAUAUUUUGAAAAAACCUUGUUGGGCUGAAAAUGUUAAAAAGGUUGUUGAUUUUGGCUGUGCCGAGUUGAAUUUUGAGUCAAGGCAUUUAAAGAAGCUUUAUGGAAUUGAAGAGAUAAUUGCAGUGGAUGUAAAUGAAAGUGAGCUGUCAUAUUACAGCUGCAAGGUUGGACCCUCUCCAGUGGAUUAUCUUUCACCUCGUCCAUCUCCUCUCACUGUCAGAGUAUACUGCGGCAGCGUAGCCCACACGCACCAAGCUCUCAACAACUGUGAUGCAGUUAUUGCGAUUGAGUUAAUUGAACAUCUGUAUCCUGGAGAUUUAGAUGAUUUACCAUUUACAAUAUUUGGAUACAUCAGACCAAAAAUUGCAAUGUUUACAACACCAAAUGCAGACUUCAAUGUACUUUUCCCUAAUUUCUCUGGCUUCAGACAUUACGAUCACAAAUUUGAAUGGUCUCGUCAGCAAUUUGAAGAUUGGUGCAACAACCUGGUGUUGAGAUAUCCAGACUACUCUGUGGCAUUCCAGGGGGUAGGGCCGGGCCCGACUGGGACUGAACAUUUGGGUUGCUGCUCUCAGAUGGCAACCUUCAUCAAAGUGUACAACUCUCCUCCUUGCGAAGAAAAUGAACUCCACAUUCAGGAUGGAGAAUAUAUUUUGGUACGAGAAUAUGAGCAUCCAUUCCAUGUAGAUAAAAGGACUUUGGAAGAAAAACUUAGAGAUGAAGCAGUUAAUUUCAUAAACAGAUACUGCAUUUUAAGCAAGCAGUUUGAUGAAGAGAGAUUAUCAGAAAUACCCCUGAAAACGAUAAUGGAAAGAAUAAAAUGUUUACAAAGAGAAAAGUUGAAGAAAGUACUGGCUAAAGAUAAUUGGGAAAUAAAGACAAACUCAGACGGAUAUGAAGUUGUCAUUCUUCCUGACAGUGAAAAUGAAGAUGAGGAGGAGUCAUUUCCCGAUGAUAAUGAAGAUCCUCCAGAAAAUGGAUAUUGUUGUGAUGUAGACUGUGAUAACACAUUAACAGAUGAGGCAAAUUGGGAUUGUGAUAAAAUUGAAUCCAAAGUCGACACAAACAUUUCAACCAAUGGUAAUUCCAUAUGUUUGCUACCUCAUGAUUAUGAGAGUGUUAGUGAGUCAAAUAAUGCCUCUGUUAGUUCAAUUAACAAUACACAAAUCGGACAGACUAUUAGUAGUGAUAAUUUAGACUUAAGUUUUGAGGAAAAAAUGUGUUCCAAGCAAGAAACUAUAGUACCUGGUGAAAGUGUUGUGGUUAAUACAUAUGAAUCCAGUGAUAAAGAAGAUAUUGUAGAAAAAGACAUGGAUUUAGAUUGUAGUGUAUAUGAAACACCGUACAAUGUUCGUACAUUUAUUAAAAAAUCCGACUGUGAAUUGUUUAAUCCUAGUAAUCAAUCAUUAUACCACGAAGAUUCAGAUUCAUCUGACGUUUGUAGAAAGGCUCUUUCUUUUAUGACACCUUCUUGUAAAGAGUGUGAUUUAAAUAAUUCUGAUCCAUUGAGUGAUUCAGCGAAUGGUUGUGGCAGAACUGAUUCCUUUUGUUGUAUAAGUAAUGUUUCAUCACCUCUUGAUAUUUCUACUUAUGCUACUCCUUGUUGUUCUCAUCUCCACAGAAAAUCGAUUCCAAAGUGCCUUUCUUUACAACAAAUAAGUGCUCAAGAAGCAGAGGGCUCUUUAAGGGAAAAUGGAUUUAUUGGUGAGCAGAAAGACAAGGUUAGUAAAUCCAUGGAAGGAUUUAAAACACAAGAAAGCUGUGAUAUGCAUGAGACUUGCAGUAAUGCUAGUAAAGUUGUAGAUAGUGGUUAUCCUGACUCGUAUUCUGAACAUAACAUGGACAUGGACUUAACUCCUGAACAGUUUGAUGAUAUUGAAACAGAGAGUGAAGGAAAUGAUGUCAGCUCUCGUUCUUUAUCACCACCACCACCUCCUCCUGUUCCUCAGAUCCUUCGUCUUGUAGAUGAUGUUCAAAAUGGCGAUGUAGCCAAUAAUAACAGAGAUGGGGAAGGUAAUAAUGUUGUUGCAGAUAUGGAAGAGGAACUUCUUGAGUUUGAAGCACAGAUUGAAGAAGUUAAUAAUGAAUUGCCGAAUUUGGCUGCAGUAGACUAUGCUGUAGAUCAGGAUCUUCAGCUAUGCCAUAGGGAAUCAAAUUCUCCAGUGCUUAAACAAGACAGUUCAGAUAAAUCAUGUAAUUCAUCUGAGGUUGGAAUUGAACAAAAUGUAUUACUUUGUUCCUCAGAAGCACAACAAAGCCCAAACUGUGAGGUUUUAGAAAAUAAAGUUUUACUUCCUAAAAAUAAGGCGCUCACAGUGUCUCUAGAUACAUCAUUUAAUUCUGCACUUGAUAAACCAGUUGUAAAAAGCACAGAAUCUAACACAAGUAUUGCAACACACUGCUCCUGGGGUCAUUUGGACUCUUCUGAGAGUCCGAGCUUGAAUAGUUACUUCCACAAUGGUAUUAAUGACCCAGAUAAUCCCCAAAAUUCCUGCAAUUUAAAACAACACAGCUCACUGACUACAGUACUUGAUGGGUGUUCAAAAUUUUCAAAUUGCUCACUUGUGCAACCAAUUGAAAAACAUGACAUGUCAGUUGAAAUAAUAUUACAAUCUAACCCAAAUGAAAGUUUUUCACAAAGCAAAACACAUUUUGUGGAUGUACCAGAGUCAACCAGAGAAAACUUUGAUGAAGAUAUGACGAGAGAAAACGCACCUCAACAAGAUUGUUUGAGUAUUAGGUCAGAGUAUGAAUCAGCUGCAUCUCUACACAGUGUGGACAAUGACGAAAGCUCGUCCUUCCCUAGGUGGCUCCUUGAUAUGCAGGUUACAGAAUCAGAUGAACAUGAAGUAGCAAGUAUAAAUUCAGUGAUGACAGUUUGGGAUGUUGACAGUUAUGAUGAAUUAGUCAACCUGAAUUAUGAUGUUCAAGUGGAUACAAGAGGGGGUGGCGAUCCUCAGAGAGACUCAUGGGAUUAAAAAUUUGGUUGCCAUACAACUUCAUUGGAAGACACAAUCUCACUCAUUUGUUAUACCAAAUUAUUUUCUAGUUUUAAAUACUUUACCUAUGAAAUAAAACUGAAUUGUUGAUUAAUUAUUUUUAAAA